GUACCUCUGUAAUUGAGGGCAAAAAGUACCUCUGUAACUUCGAUUCGUGCACAGUUAGGCAUCAGAUCCCACUCAAAGCUUAGUACAGUCCACAGAUCUCUGUGAUGCCUCCCGUUGCUCCUCGAUCCGGUGAUGCAAUCUUCACCAGCGUUGAACGCGUGAAUGCGGAGCUGUUUACGUUGACUUAUGGGGCGAUUGUCCGUCAGUUGCUUACGGAUCUGGAGGAAGUUGAAGAGGUCAACAAGCAGCUUGAUCAGAUGGGCUACAAUAUUGGAAUUCGGAUGAUAGAUGAGUUUCUAGCAAAGUCUGAUGUUUCACGGUGUGUUGACUUUAGGGAGACUGCCGAAGCGAUAGCAAAGGUGGGUUUCAAAAUGUUCUUAGGGGUCACUGCAUCUGUCACCAAUUGGGAUGCUGAUGGGACAUGCUGCAGUAUCGUUUUUGAGGACAACCCCCUGGUAGAAUUUGUUGAGCUUCCCGACACAUGUCAAGGUUUAAACUAUUGCAACAUCUUAAGUGGAGUCGUUAGGGGAGCCCUAGAGAUGGUAUCGAUGAAAACAGAAGUAACAUGGACCCGUGAUAUGCUUCGAGGGGAUGAUGCAUUUGAGUUACAGGUGAAACUUGUAAAACAAGUUCCGGAAGAAUAUCCAUACAAGGAUGAUGAGUAAAACAUUUAAUGGUCCUUGCCUUUUGAUCUGUAAAUACUAUACUAUACAUUGUUUAUGUUCUGUGUAUUUUCCUCCAAAAACAAAGUCAAUUCACCCCUCUUCCUGUAAUGCAGAAUAUUGAGGAGACUUCACUUUUUAUUUUUAGGACCAUAUCAUAUUUUGAUUAUCUAGAUUAUCUUGAUUGGAUUUGUGAACAACAAUUAUUCGAUAGGGAAGGCUCAAGACAAGUUCU